AUGAAAGCGGGUAUACCACUACUGCGAUGUACUCAAAGAAUACCUUUGUUGGUGGCACGCCAGGUCUCCAGAAACAUCACAACCACAACAACAAAGUUCUCACUAGCUCCAGAAUAUAAUCAUAUCAGAAAAGUGUUUGAUAGUCAAAAGUAUUUUAAUCAUUUCACUAAACAGGGUUCUCAUGCAACUUUAUUCAGCUCUCCACAAACAGGGUUAUUUCAUAAUGAGUAUUUGACUACUCCACAGGGAUUAGUUGAUUUUUCCCAGCAAUCGCUUAGCCAAGCAAAACAGUUGGUUAGCGAGAUGCUUUCACAAGUCAACACUGUUGACGGGAAACUUAAAUUUAUCAAGAAACUAGAUCAGUUGUCCGAUAUUUUGUGUCGAGUAAUUGAUGUGGCCGAGUUUAUACGUGUUGUUCACCCAAGUGUCAAAUGGAUAAAUGCGGCUCAGCAAACACACGAAAUGAUGUUUGAAUUUAUGAAUCAGUUAAACACCAACGUUGAACUAUAUUCAAGUCUCCGUGAUAUUUUGAACAACCCUUUGAUAACCGAGCAGUUAACACCAGAAGAAAUAAAGGUCGGUGAAUACUUGAGACAGGAUUUUGAACGAUCCGGUAUACAUAUGGAUCCACAAACAAGAGAAAACUUUGUUACUAUAACGCAAGAAAUAUCGUUGUUGGGAUCUCAAUUUGGAAACCAGAUAAAUGGGCUAAAAUCAUACUGGUGUCCGGUGACAGUUGCCGAGUGGGAAAGCAUUGAAGACCCCCAGUUAAAGAAAGAAAUCAAGAACUAUCAGUCAAAAUAUGAUGGUAUUAGACAAUCAGAGACAAUUCAGAUUCCUCUCGUUGCAAACAUUCCUUAUACAAUUUUGACAAACUGUAGUUCUGACACGUUGCGUAAAAAAGUAUGGGUCGCUUUGCACAAUUCACCUGACGAACAGAUUGAAACAUUGAAUAGAUUUAUUUCCUACAGAGCCUUAUUGUCAAAAAUGUUAAACUACAAGUCGUUUGCAGACUACCAAUUAGAGCACAAGAUGGCGAAAACUCCUGAGAAUGUUAUUACGUUUUUAUUCAACCUACAAAAGUCAUUAAUCAAAAAAGGUGUGGUGGAAGAGUUGAGCCAGUUGUCAGAAAUCAAACACAACGGUAGCGGCUCAGCAAGUGUCAACGAUAUUGUUAAUGACAUUAAACCUUGGGAUAGAGAUUACUUAUUGGCAAGACUCCAACAGAGAAUGCAAUCCGAAGUGUCAGCUGGUAAUGUUAAAGAAUAUUUUUCGGUAGGAACCGUCAUUGCUGGGUUGAAUGAGUUGUUUACUAGAUUGUACGAUAUUUCUUUUGUGCCAAUGGCCGCAUUGAAAGGUGAGACGUGGGAUUCGCAUCAAGUGCGCAAAAUUAAAGUUGUUGAUAAUGCUGCAAACAAGACUUUAGGGUUUCUUUAUUUGGAUUUCUGGUCGACCAAGGUUUUGCCAUCUCAUUUCACAAUUGUGUGUCUGAGAAGAUUGAACACAAGUAUAGGUAGUGAAACAAUUGAGGGUAUGGAAAAGCUUGUCCAGUUGGAUGAAGAUUAUCAGUUGCCAGUUGUUUCACUUGUGUGCAAUUUUGCCAGUUCAGGAAACUUUCUGUUUGGGAGAUUUGCUGGUGUUGAGAAUGAAAAGCCAACAUUGUUGACCUUAGAUCAGGUUGAUACGAUUUUCCAUGAAAUGGGACACGCCAUGCACUCUAUGAUUGGGAGAACGGAGUUGCAUAAUUUAUCGGGCACUCGUUGCUCCACUGAUUUUGUGGAGUUGCCUUCUGUGUUGAUGGAGUCUUUUAGUAAAGAUCCAAGAGUUAUAUGCCAAAUUGGCCGUCAUUUCGAUACCGAUGAGAAGUUACCUGAAAGUCUCCUUGGACAAGCACACGAGCAUAGAAUCAUGUUAGAUGCAUGUGAAACAUUCAUGCAAUCCAAAAUGGCCAUGUUGGAUCAAAAAUUGCAUAAUGAAGAGAUGGUCAAUUUACUAGCCAAGGGGUUAUAUGAAGUUGAUUCUACCAAGGUGUAUCAUCUGGUUGAAAAAGAAUUAAAAGUCUUUGCAGACGAAUGGUCUACAUGGCACGGAAAGUUUCCUCAUUUAUUUUCGUAUGGAGCAGUGUAUUACUCUUAUCUUUUGGAUAGAGCAAUUGCCGACAAGAUUUGGCAGGGGCUAUUUGCCAAAGAUCCGUGGAAUGGAGAAGCUGGUAAGAAAUAUAAGGAAAGUGUUUUAAAAUGGGGUGGUACUAGAGAUCCAUGGGAAUGUCUUGCUGAUGCAUUAGGAAAUGACGAAUUAAAGCAAGGUGACUCACGAGCCAUGGAAAUUAUUGGUCAGAAUAGCAAUUUAUAG